AUGACGAGUUUCUUUCGUGGAAGUGUCCAAUCAACGCCAUUCCAACAAGCGAUUGAAAAAGUCACCGAUGAGAAUCAACAAGAGGAAGAUUGGGGAACGAUUAUGAAAAUCUGUGAUCAUGUGGCUGUACAUGAAGAAAGCGCUAAAGAAGCAAUGAAAGUGAUUCGAAAACGUUUACAAUUCAAUCAAGCUCCGACUCAAUGGCGGUCAAUUGGAUUAACACUAACUUUGCUAGAAGCUUUAACAAAAAAUUGUGGCAAGGUUUUUCAUGUUCAACUUGCACAGAAAGAUUUCUUAAAAGAAUUCCGUGAUAUUCUUUUACCAAAAAAUAACCCACCGACGGCUAUACAAGAUAAAGUUCUCGGCAUGAUUCAAACAUGGGCGUUGGCAUUUCGUGAUGAUCCUGAUCUGAAAAAUGUCGAACAAUUUUAUCAAGAAUGUAAACAACAAGGUAUACAAUUUCCACCGGCUGAUCCUGAGAAUAUAAUCAAAGCAGCAGUACCUGCUACGAGAACUAUCGAGCGUCCUGCACGAUCAACAUCUCAAACAGGAAAUGGUGUCGCUGCACGUGAUAAUCGCGCUGGGAUUGGUGGUGCAUCGCACUUGCCUGGUUCCGAACACACAGUCCUAAGACAAAUGACACCAGAACAAAUCGCGAAACUACGCAGUGAAUUGGAUGUCGUCCAAACAAAUGCACAAGUGUUUGGAGAGAUGCUGAUUAUUUUACAGCCAGGCGAAGAACAUCCACAAGAUCUCGAAUUCUUAGUGGAAUUGCACAAAACAUGUAAGCAAAUGCAAGCUCGUAUUAUUGAUUUGCUUUCUCAAAUUUCGAUCGAUGAUAUUACAGUCGAUCUAUUACGUUACAAUGAUGAAUUUAAUAAUUCAUUUAAAACAUUUGAAAGUUACAUGGAAGAACGUGAACGACGUGUUGGUCCAUCACAUAUUCCAAUUGCGAAUCGUACGACAUCGCCAACAAAAUCUUCAUUACCAAUUUCUCAAUCAUCGACUACAAAAACAUCAUCAUUAUCACGUAGCCAGGAUAACGAACCCGCCUUAAUCAAAUUCGACGAGGAACCAGCAAUGUUAUCAGCUGGCGUCGACAAUCUACAUAUUCAUCCAUCAUCACCUGACGCUGCCUCUAAAAAUACUCAACAGCAAUCAACUGCUGCAGUCACGACUCGAGCUGCUUCAAACACCCAGGAUCCUGAACGUGAUGUUAAAGAAGUUGAACAAUGGUUAAACAUUCAAGACAGUAAAGAUGCAAAUAAAAAUUCGAAUCCUCAAGGUGGCACCACUGCUGCAUUCAAUGAUUUUAUUCAAAAACGUGCAUCAACUAUCCCUGAUGAAGUCGAUACCGAAGAAAAAGACUACCGAGAUCAAAAUAAACACAAGCAUAUAUGUCUCUUUGCCUUGCCUCCUUUGUUGCUUCUUAGGUCGAUAGAGAUAAGUGAGAGAAUAAUCUCUCCAUUCUCGUGUAUCAAUUGUCUGUCGACGAGUAGGAAAAGAUGCCAUAAAACUGUGGCAUUUAUUGGUUAUGGCAAUCAAGGGCGAGCACAAGCAUUGAACUUACGUGAUAGUGGUGUAAAUAAUAUUGUCAUUGGUAAUAUCGACGAUGACUAUGCGAAACAAGCUCGUGAAGAUGGAUUCGAUCCAGUAAGUAUCGAAGAAGCUGUUCGUCAAGGCAAUGUUUUGAUGUUACUGAUACCUGAUGAAGACCAACAAACUGUCUGGAAUGAAAAAAUUCGUCAAAAUAUCAAAUCGAACACUACCUUAGUUGUUGCAAGUGGAUAUAAUGUUGCAUUCAAUUUACUUGACUUACCUGAUGAUAUGGAUGUUGUUAUGGUAGCACCACGAAUGAUCGGUGCUGGUGUACGUGACCGUUAUGUGCAAAACAUUCCUUAUCCGUGCUUUGUGUCUGUUGAAAAAGAUGCUAGUGGGACAGCAUUAGCAACAUGUCUGUCAAUUGCACGGGCAAUUGGAGCGACAAGAGGUAAUGGUGCUGUAGGUUCAUCAUGCCGUGAAGAAGCUGGAAUUGAUUUAUUUGCUGAACAAGCUCUUUGGCCAGAAAUUAUGGCUAUAUUCCGCGAAGGUUAUAAUGUUUUACAUGAGGCCGGCUUUUCUGAUGAAGCGAUUUUAUUUGAUAUGUAUUUAAGUAAAGAACCAGCCGAGAUCUUUGAACGUGCAGCCGAUGAAGGGUUUGUUAAGCAGUUGAAAUAUCAUUCACGAACAAGUCAAUAUGGACAAUUGUCAACAAUGAAUCGUCAUGAUGGCAAUGAAAUUCGAGAAAAAUUUCGCCGCGUUUUGAAUGAUAAUAUUUUAUCGGGUAAUUUUGCGAAGAAAUGGUCGGACACGAAAUGGGCUGCAGAAGAAUUAGCUAAAGAAUGGAAAGAAGUCGAGAAAGCACCGAUCGUUCAAGCUGAUCAACGUGUUCGUGAUGUACUCAAACCAGACAGAAAGAAAUGA